UUACCUUAUGGACUCUAUGGAAAGACAUUCAGCAAAAUUUAUGGAAUAGAUACAGGUCCCUUUGAGAACUUUGUCAUUGAUAGAAAAAUCAUGGGACCCUGUUGGUUAGAGCUUAAGAAUGUUUCUAGAGUAUCAGAGCCUUUUACGAAUUCUCAAGUCAAUCUACUUUUAUCUCAACCUGAGGAUUGUUCAAUGAUUAUAGCAGAAGAGAACGGCAACCCACCUUUAACAAUCAUGUCUAUCAGUUUGAAAACAUUUGUUAACAAUAAUACCAAAAGAGCUCAAAUUAUCGCUGCUAGUUUAUUGAUUUGCAAAGAUGUUGAUGUUGACGAUGGUGAAUCCAUUGAGUCGUCCGAAUGCUCACUCAUAACAGCCGUUAGCUCACCCGAUGGAAGAGCACCACCUGAUGAUCUUGCUAUCCAUAUACAAGGGGAGAAAGAGCAAACAAAUCAUAUAAUUCUUAAUGAAAACAAUGAAAAAGAUUUAAUUUCGACCUUUAUAUCCUACAUGGACCGGGUUGACCCUGAUAUUAUCGUUGGUCAUAAUGUCACUACCAUGUUUGACAUUCUGCUUUCAAGAAUGAAGGCGUUCAAUAUGCAAAUAGAUCACAAAUUAGGAAGACUUCGUCGAAAGAAUCACAUAACUACAUUUUUUGAAAAUGAUAGCAUUUAUGAAAAGCUGAACGGGCGCGUACUAUGUGAUACAUACGAAGGCGCCAAAGAAUACAUCAAAAGCAAGUCGUACAAUUUGACAGAGUUAGCAUUGACACAACUUCAUCUACAACGCCCAAAACUAUUGAAUCAAUCAUUUCCCGAAUACUACAAUGACGCAAAAAACAUUAUGAAUGUAGUUAAUGAUACAUCGUUUGAAGCCUAUGCCACUUGUAGGCUUGCAAUAAAAUUCCAGCUCCUCUCGAUUACCAAGCAAUUAACUAAUAUUUCGGGAAACCUCUGGUCAGACUCGCUGAAAGGUGGACGUGCUCAACGUAUUGAAUACUUACUUUUGCAUAAAUUCCAUGAUGAAGGGUUCAUCUGCCCUGAUAAGCCUUCGAAGAAAAACGCUGAGCAAGAUCUUGUAAAUUUUGACUAUACUGGAGUUAUUGACACUAAUCGUAUUAUGAAGACAGCAAGUACUUUUAGCGGUGGCCUCGUUCUUGAACCUGAGAUUGGUUAUUACGAUAAAUAUGUUCUAUUGCUAGAUUUCAACAGUUUAUACCCCUCUAUUAUCCAAGAAUACAACGUCUGCUUCACUACGAUGCCGUUGAAUGAUAAGUCCGAUAUACCUGAUACCCCCGAAGUUACCACAACACGUGGCAUUUUGCCAGACCUUCUUAAACAACUUGUACAAGAACGGAAAAUUGUAAAAAACAAAAUGAAAGAUAACCAAGUUUCUCGGUCCACUUAUGCUCAAUAUGAUUCCCGUCAGACAGCUCUUAAGCUUACAGCGAACAGUAUUUAUGGUUGCUUAGGUUCUCGGUUCUCCAGAUUUCAAGCGAGGCAUUUGGCUAAGUUUAUUACCAGUAAAGGAAGGGAGAUUCUUCAAAGCACCGUUAAUCUAGCUCGUGAACGUCACUUUCAUGUCAUUUAUGGUGAUACGGAUUCGGUGAUGCUCUAUACGAAUAGAAAAAGUAUGGUAAAAGCAAAAGAAAUUGCUCAUCGCUUUAUUACGGAAGUCAAUAAGCAUUACUCGCUUCUAGAAUUGGAUAUUGAUGCGUUUUUCAGACGUACUUUACUGUUGAGAAAAAAGAAAUAUGCAGCCUUGAUGGUGCAAACUAGAUAUGACGGAACAUUAGUGGAAACGCUUGAAGUGAAAGGUUUGGAUAUGGUGAGGAGAGACUGGUGUGAACGAUCAAAAAAGGUGUCAAGGUAA